AUGAUGCUUAAAGUAGUCCUGUUUGCAUUGUCAUUCUUGACAACUUCAGCAUUCCCACUCCAACGUAUGACCAGAGAGGCAAACUGGGCUGACUCAAAAGCAAACCAAGCUCAUGACAAAAUACCACUAACCAAGGAUAUGGAUAAUAUCUACAAAAGCCAAAUAGAUAGCAAUGGUCUUUACACCCAAGAGGAUGGCACCAGCAAAAACCCUGUGGCUGAAGAAGUGCAGCACAAACUCAUUAUGGAGUCAGAGCGACUACGAACCCGCCUGCGUCAAGAGCUGGCCGAGCUCCAGGAGAAGUUGUCCCCAUCUCCAGGCCAUCUCAGCUCAACCCUGGCCAGCAUGAGGGAGCGUUUGGCCCCUCUAACUCAGCAGCUCCAGAGCUCUCUCAGCAGCAGCACACAUGACCUGUGUGGCCAGGUCAACCUGUAUCUGCAGGACCUGGAGACAGCAGAGGCACAAGCACAGGACAGUCCAGCUCUGUACCAGGAGACCCUCCAGAGGAUGAGUCAAACCCUGGAGCACAGCAGCUCUAAGCUAGCUAACCUCAUCAGCAACUUCCAAACUCAAACCUUUGAGGUGAUUGAACAUCUGAAAGAAAUCAGUACUAGUGAGGGAGAGACAGCGUCACCAGGAUUCUGGCAGGAAGUGAGCUCCAGGUUGAGACAGGAAGUGACUUCCCUGAGGGCAGACGUGCUGAAUGGAGUGGGGAUACUCAAAGAGGAGCUUUCCAGUUUACAGAUAAGUGCUCAGCCUAUCCGGGCCAAAGUAACAGCCAGCAUGGAGCAACUCUGCCAGAAUGCAGCUCUGCAAAGCCAGGUGUUUCAAGCUCAGAUGGAGAGGGUGUUUGUGGAGCUGGAAAAAGACCUUGCAGUCCAGGGAAGCUCCAGCUUCUCUUCUUCUUCUGCUUUACAGCCAGGGAGCUCUUUGCAGGGGGACUUUUCAGACAGACUUUCUGCUCUGAUCCAGGACAUUCUGCAUUCAGUGCAGUAA